ACCACUUCCAGUGAAAUCAAAAGUAAGAAACAUAUAAUUUUAAUUAAGAACUUCAUUCAUAUAUCUUAAGGCUUCUAAUCUACAACCAUUAGCUGAAUGCAAAUAAAUGAUGCAAACAUCACUUUAAACAUUGCCUUAAAAUAGUGAUACUUUUAUCCUUUGUUGGCAAUGAUUCACUAAAUCAAAAUCAUUUCUGGAGUAUGUUUAGUCUUAAAUCGGUCCUAAGUGAUCCAUUGAAAGUAACAAAUACCCAAAUCAUAUUAUUGGUAUUCUGCUCUUAGAGGCCUUAUGAUUUAUGCACAAAUUUAGUUUAUUCCAUUUUCAAAAUAUUUCAUUAAUAUAAUUAAACUGUUAGAUAAGGAUAUCACAACAAUUGUAUUAAUAGUAAUUCUCAUAUCAAUAACAAUUUAUAACAUCACAUCAACCUUAGAUAUUUGAAGGAAGGAAUCAAUUAUAAAUUGUUAAUCAAAGUCCUUUUCAAAAAAUAUAUGAAAAUUAGACUUAAUAAGAAAUAGAAUCUCAAUUUGAAUAAAUCAUCUGAUUUAUUAUUAUUGUUAACUUAAAAAUAUUAGAAACAAAAACUACUUAUGUAAUAAGUAAUGCUGCCUUAAAAAUAAAAAUUAAGAAAUAUGUAUUUAAGAUAAUCAAUCUAAGUAAAGUUGUUAAGAUUAUUUGAUUCUAUAAAAUUAGUUGAGUGA